AUGAGCUCUUAUUGCACAGAGCUUGCCUCAGGAAUGUCGACCUCUCCGUCUCCCUCACAAGUCUCAGCUGGGAGCAACAAUUCCACCGACUGUUUUCAAGACAUUUUGUCCCAGCAGCUAAGCGUAGAUGCAUCCAUGCGAGAUGAAUCGCUGGUCCCAAGGGAGGCUUUGGCCUACACGCCUCCGCCGUCAGAGAUACUGAAGCAGGAACAGAUGACGGUGCUAAACAGCGAUUAUUCUGCGUUUUCGGCUCCCUUGGAGCCUGUGUUAGGCGCGCGUCCCAUUCGUUUGAUUUUCGGUGAUCUCGAAUUAACGCCUCACGAGCUCGAGGGCCUCUUCGAGGUGCGGCAGGCAAUGGCGAACGACAAGGAGCUGCGGGAAUCCCCCGUUUUUUCAGAUGACAGAUACACAGUUCGCUUCCUUCAGGGGUAA